AUGAAUGCCCAGAGCUAUUUCCCCAAUUACUAUGCUGUGGAAGAUAUAUUCGUUACACAAGAAAAAGUAGAAUGUAGAGUUAAUACAAAACUUUUGAAAAUGGGUUUCCUUGAUUCCGGAGCUGAUUCUGAAGAUUUAAAUCCUGGACGCACCAUAAACCUUCCACUUUGGUAUAUAAAAGAGUUGAAAGUUAAUAAUCCAUAUUUCACUGUGUGUGUACCGGAAAUCUAUAAAAAUGUCCAUAAGGCUGUGUGCGAGGCAGAAACCACACAUAUAGAAUUGGGAAAGCUGCAUCCAUAUUUUUAUGAAUAUGGUCGUUAUUUAACUCCAUACGAUCGAAAUCAUGUGGUGGGAAAAAUUGUAUUUGAAACAAUGCGUCAACGGGUGAGACAUCUACUGGAUAUUUCCAAGAAUGCAGCUGAUACUGGGAAACCAGAACAUCGUUUGGAUGACAUAGAGAACAAGCUGUAUGAUUCUGGCGUCAAAACAAGUAUCUUGUUCACCAAUUGGCUUCGUAUGAAAUUCAAUAACAUUGCAGUUUCCGAAAUGGUCCAAGAACACACCAAAAAACGUAAACGUGAACGUCAAAGUGAUGCCAAUGAUUCCCCCGAACAAGAUCGCAAACGUCAAACAUUGUAG